CCCCGCCCUCCCCGCGCCCUCCCCGCGCAGGAGCCGCCGCGCCGCGGAGCAGGGACAGGCGGCGGCGGGAGCGGCCUGGGGGCGGCGGCGGCGCGGCGAGGCGAGGCCCCCCCGGCGCGGAGGCCGCUCCAUGCUGCGCCUUCCGGAGCCGCGUGAGAGGCCGGUAGAGGAGUGCGCAGAAGGAAAGUUUGUCACCGGUAGCGCCAGAAUGGACUUCCCUGCUGCCCAACCAAAACCUGCUGCCGACGGGAAAAUCAUCUUCUACCCUCCGGGAGUGAAGGAGAUCACCGACAAAAUCACCAACGAUGAAGUGGUUAAACGGUUAAAGAUGGUGGUAAAAACCUUCAUGGAUAUGGACCAGGACUCAGAGGAUGAGAAGCAGCAGUAUCUCCCAUUAGCCUUGCACCUUGCAUCUGAAUUCUUCCUCAGGAAUCCCAAUAAAGAUGUGCGCCUCCUUGUAGCAUGUUGCUUGGCUGAUAUCUUUCGUAUAUAUGCUCCUGAAGCUCCAUAUACUUCCCAUGACAAACUUAAGGACAUAUUCUUGUUUAUUACAAGACAACUAAAAGGCUUGGAGGACACAAAGAGCCCUCAAUUUAACAGAUACUUUUACUUGUUAGAGAAUUUAGCUUGGGUUAAAUCUUACAACAUCUGCUUUGAGUUGGAAGAUUGCAAUGAAAUUUUUAUUCAGCUUUUUAGGACUCUUUUUUCAGUUAUCAAUAAUAGCCACAACCAGAAGGUACAAAUGCAUAUGUUGGAUUUGAUGAGUUCUAUCAUCAUGGAAGGCGAUGGAGUAACUCAGGAGCUGCUGGACUCCAUUUUGAUUAACCUCAUUCCUGCACACAAGAACCUUAAUAAACAAGCAUUUGAUCUUGCAAAAGUCCUGUUGAAAAGGACCGUCCAGACCAUUGAACCCUGUAUUGCCAAUUUUUUUAACCAGGUUCUGGUACUGGGAAAGUCUUCAGUAAGUGACUUAUCAGAACAUGUGUUUGAUUUGAUACAAGAGCUUUUUGCCAUAGAUCCUCACUUACUGCUGUCUGUCAUGCCACAGCUUGAAUUCAAGCUGAAGAGCAAUGAUGGAGAAGAACGUUUAGCUGUUGUUCGACUUCUGGCUAAACUCUUUGGCUCCAAAGAUUCUGAUCUGGCCACACAAAAUCGUCCUCUUUGGCAGUGCUUUCUUGGGCGGUUCAAUGAUAUCCAUGUCCCUGUGAGAUUAGAGAGUGUGAAAUUCGCCAGUCAUUGUUUAAUGAACCAUCCAGACUUAGCAAAAGACCUCACUGAAUAUUUGAAGGUUAGAUCACAUGACCCAGAAGAAGCCAUUCGACAUGAUGUUAUUGUUACAAUUAUUACUGCGGGCAAGAGAGAUCUUUCUUUAGUCAAUGACCAGCUGCUUGGCUUUGUAAGGGAAAGAACACUAGACAAACGGUGGCGAGUAAGAAAAGAAGCUAUGAUGGGUCUUGCCCAGCUAUACAAGAAGUAUUGUCUUCAUGCCGAAGCUGGAAAAGAUGCUGCAGAGAAAGUGAGCUGGAUAAAGGAUAAACUUUUACACAUAUAUUAUCAAAAUAGCAUUGAUGACAAAUUACUGGUAGAGAAAAUCUUUGCUCAGUAUCUAGUUCCACACAAUUUGGAAACAGAAGAGCGAAUGAAGUGUUUGUACUAUUUGUAUGCUAGCUUGGAUCCAAAUGCUGUCAAAGCACUGAAUGAGAUGUGGAAGUGCCAGAACAUGCUAAGGAGUCACGUACGAGAAUUACUAGACUUGCAUAAGCAACCCACUUCAGAAGCAAACAGUGCUGCCAUGUUUGGAAAGCUGAUGACCAUAGCAAAAAACCUUCCAGAUCCUGGAAAAGCACAAGAUUUUGUGAAGAAAUUCAACCAGGUUCUGGGUGAUGAUGAGAAACUUCGGUCUCAGCUUGAACUGUUAAUUAGCCCCACGUGUUCUUGUAAACAGGCUGAUGUCUGUGUGAGAGAGAUAGCCCGGAAACUUGCAAAUCCUAAACAACCAACAAAUCCUUUUCUGGAAAUGGUCAAAUUUCUUUUGGAAAGAAUUGCCCCUGUACAUAUUGACUCAGAAGCCAUUAGUGCACUAGUAAAAUUAAUGAAUAAAUCCAUAGAGGGGACAGCUGACGAUGAAGAGGAGGGUGUAAGUCCUGAUACUGCUAUACGUGCAGGACUUGAACUUCUCAAGGUUCUGUCCUUUACACAUCCUACCUCGUUCCACUCUGCAGAGACCUAUGAGUCUCUGCUGCAGUGCCUCAGGAUGGAAGAUGAUAAGGUAGCUGAGGCAGCCAUACAGAUUUUCAGAAACACAGGUCACAAAAUAGAAACAGACCUGCCACAGAUAAGAUCAACGCUAAUUCCGAUUUUGCAUCAGAAAGCAAAAAGAGGUACUCCUCAUCAGGCAAAACAAGCUGUUCACUGUAUACAUGCCAUAUUUUCAAAUAAAGAAGUGCAGCUUGCACAGAUCUUUGAGCCUCUUAGUAGAAGUUUGAAUGCCGAUGUACCAGAACAACUUAUAACUCCAUUAGUCUCAUUGGGUCAUAUUUCUAUGUUGGCUCCAGACCAAUUUGCUUCUCCAAUGAAAUCUGUUGUUGCAAAUUUCAUUGUGAAAGAUCUCCUAAUGAAUGAUAGGUCAACAGGUGAGAAAAAUGGAAAAUUGUGGUCUCCAGAUGAAGAAGUUUCUCCAGAAGUACUAGCAAAGGUGCAAGCAAUUAAACUUUUGGUACGCUGGCUGUUGGGUAUGAAAAACAACCAGUCAAAAUCUGCAAAUUCCACACUCCGGUUAUUAUCAGCUAUGCUCGUCAGUGAAGGAGACUUGACAGAACAGAAGCGAAUCAGUAAAUCGGAUAUGUCUCGACUGCGAUUAGCCGCUGGUAGUGCAAUAAUGAAGCUUGCACAGGAACCCUGUUACCAUGAAAUAAUUACCCCAGAACAGUUCCAGCUCUGUGCACUUGUCAUUAAUGAUGAGUGCUACCAAGUGAGGCAGAUAUUUGCCCAGAAACUGCAUAAGGCACUUGUGAAAUUACUCCUUCCUUUGGAAUAUAUGGCAAUCUUUGCUUUGUGUGCCAAAGACCCUGUGAAAGAGAGAAGAGCACAUGCCAGACAGUGCUUACUCAAAAACAUCAGUAUACGAAGAGAAUAUAUUAAGCAGAAUCCUAUGGCUAAUGAAAAAUUGCUGUCCUUGCUGCCUGAAUAUGUGGUACCGUAUAUGAUUCACUUACUGGCACAUGAUCCAGAUUUCACAAAACCUCAGGAUGUUGAUCAGCUUCGUGAUGUCAAAGAGUGCCUGUGGUUCAUGCUUGAAGUUUUAAUGACAAAGAAUGAGAACAAUAGUCAUGCUUUCAUGAAAAAGAUGGCAGAAAACAUCAAGCUUACCCGAGAUGCUCAGUCUCCGGAUGAGCCAAAGGCAAAUGAAAAACUUUAUACAGUAUGUGAUGUAGCACUGUGUGUCAUCAACAGCAAAAGUGCUUUGUGCAAUGCAGAUUCACCGAAGGAUCCUGUAUUGCCAACCAAAUUUUUUACACAGCCUGAAAAGGACUUCUGCAAUGACAGGAAUUACAUUUCAGAGGAGACAAGGGUUCUUCUUUUGACAGGAAAGCCAAAACCAACUGGUGUACUGGGUACAGUAAAUAAACCAUUAUCUGCGGCUGGAAGGAGACCGUAUAUUAGAACUACAGGAUCAGAGACUGGAAGCAAUAUCAGUGUAAACUCUGAGCUGAGCUCUUCUGCAGGAAACAGAUCAAGGGAACAAAGUUCGGAUAUAUCAGAAACUGGGGUCAGUGAAAAUGAUGAAAAUCCUGUGAGGAUUAUUUCAGUCACACCAGCAAAGACAGAACCUGUGAAAAACAAGGAGAUUAAUUCUGAUCAGGCUACACAAGGAAACAGCACUGAACGUGGGAAAAAAAGAACAGCAACAGCAGCUGGAACUGAGAAUAUUCAUCAAAAACCAGAAGAAAAAAAUGUAGAUGAAACAGGACCAUCGCUCGCAGCAAAAACCAGGAGAGGGCGUCUACUCAAACCUGAACCUCAGGGUACCACUGCAAAAAAUGAAGAAGCAAAUAAACAACCUGUCAGAGGAAGGAAAAGGGCAGCAGGCAGUCAAGAAAGUCCAGGGAGUUUAGAGGCAGGUAACGCCAAAGCACCAAAACAGCAAGACACAGCAAAAAAGCCAGCAGCAGCACAGAGACAAAUUGAUCUACAAAGAAGCCAGGUGCUUGGAAGUGAUGGAGAUUCACUGUUGGAGAUAGACUCAAGUCCAGAAUAUUCCCAAAAUGCAAUGGAUCUGUUUAAGGCCUGUGGGAACAGCCAGGAAGAUACUGAGGACACAGAGAUAGCAGAGGGAGGCUUCCUUAAGGUCUAGCAGGCAUCUUAUAUAGGACAAUUUUGUAUUUAUUGUAGCUUAUACAGUAAGGAAUCAAAGGAAUUUGUCUGUCAUCUAGAAAAAUGUAUGUAAAAAUAGCUGUGUCUUAUAGGGAUUUUUGCUUUUAAGUAGACACGUACAAGUUACUGUAAAUAUUUGAAAAACAUUUGAAGUAGUGCUUGUUCUUAAGCGAGACAAGCUAUUUUUAUAAACCUGAGUAAUUAAAUACAGUUAAUUAGAAACUUUCUUAUUUUCUGAUUCCAGUGAAAACUAUGAAUAAAUGUAUUUCUGUUCAUACUGUAAAAACAUUACUCAGUUAUGGGUUCAUUAUUAUUCAGCUUGUGUAUUUCCAAGUGUGUUUAUCAGGAAGUUGUGCUAUGCAAUAAGGAAAUUCUUUUGUAUCUUUUCAACAAUAACAUACUUGAAUAUAAGAUGGAGUUGGAAGAAUCGUAGUAUAAAGAGUGUAAAAGCUAAAAUGUAAAUUAUACAGAUAGGAUUUUUUAUUCAGGAUCGGUUGUGAUUUCUAUGUCCUUACAAUUAACUUCUGUUUCCUUUUGUCCCCCC